CGAAGGGGGGAAGCGAGAAACUGUAAUAUCAGAGUAGGAGCAUACAAGGGCGAAGGUGCCUUCUCACUCGAUUACGGUUAGAAGCCUGUAAGGUGUUUGAUUGAAUUACCAAGUGUAUCGGGUUUUAGAAUCAGAGCACACGGUAACUGUACCAGUGGAUUCAAGCUCGAAUUCAAAUUUAUGCGGAAGAAGUUCCUCAAUCAGGCAGUCUUAUCGGCGGUUCGGCGUACCUCGAAGUCAAAGAUCCGGCCGCCGCCACCGGCUUCGUCCCCGGACGUAAUUCGGGUGACGAACAAUAUAGCUCAUUUGGGGCGCCCCAAAGAGGGUCCAAAACCUCGGCAGCUGCUAUCUUUGCCCCCAUUCCCCGGCCACUCUUUGCCCGGGAGGAAAUCAACCUCGGCUGAGCAUGUAACUGCCAUUAGCUGGCUCAAGUAUUACUUUGAUGACAUCCCUCCUCCACUCAUUCAGAGCCAUUUCAAUAAAGGCCUCGUGCAGAUGGAAUCUCUUGAUUCUAGAGGCCCAUCAGGAUGUCACCAAGGACAAACAGAUUCCAUGAGGAAGCUUAAACAUAGUGACGUCAUGGAGGUGGGUGCCAGAGUUUAUGUACCAGUAUCUGUUGCUGAAUGUAAAAUUUCCAAGAGGUUUGAUGUUAUACCGAGUGGAACACUGUACCCAAAUGCUGAUGAGAUUGAGUACUUGCGGAGACUUGUCAAGUACAAGGACUCUGCCAUACUAGUGUUAAAUAAACCUCCUAAACUGCCUGUAAAGGGUAAUCUGUCAGUUCACAAUAGCAUGGACGCCUUGGCAGCAGCAGCAUUAACAUAUGAUUACGAUGAGGGUCCAAAGUUGGUGCAUCGUCUUGACAGAGAGAGUAGUGGCCUUCUGCUAAUGGGAAGAUCAAGAGAAAGCAUUUCCUAUCUUCAGUGGUUGUUCAAUGACGGGAGGAAGGCAGAAUCUUUGUCUGAGGAUUGGAAUGACGCUUGUGAGGCCAUGUACCAAAGGUAUUGGGCAUUGGUAAUAGGCUUGCCCAAGCAAAAAGAAGGCUUAAUUUGCACCCCACUCACAAAGGUUCUUCUUAAUGACGGCAAAACAGAAAGGGUUGUUCUAGCUCACAAUUCAUGCCUAGAAGCUGCACAAGAGGCAAUUACUGAAUAUCGUGUGCUUGGCCCCACAAUCAAUGGAUGUUCAUGGAUUGAAUUGCGUCCACAUACAAGGCGCAAACACCAGCUUCGAGUUCAUUGUGCUGAAGCUCUUGGUACUCCAAUAGUGGGUGACUACAAAUAUGGCUGGUUCGUUCAUAAAAGAUGGAAGCAAAUGCCAAGAGUGGAUUUCGAGCCAACAACUGGAGAGCCUUACAAAUUGCGGAGGCCUGAGGGUUUGGAUGUUCAAAAAGGUAGUGUCUUAUCAAAAGUUCCCCUUUUGCAUUUGCAUUGCAGGGAGAUGGUAUUGCCAAACAUCGCAAAGUUUAUUGUGCUCCACAAGCAACAGUUAGGAGGCUAUCGUGUAAAUCCCGAGCAUGAUUUGAAACCAGAUGUCCUCCGUUUUGUCGCUCCAAUGCCUUCUCACAUGAAAAUUAGUUGGAAUCUCAUGUCCUCAUACUUGGUAUGAGAACCAGUGCAGUUUGUCUUGACCAUGCAUGAGGUUCUCAUAUAUUCAGCUCCACCAAGAACCGAUCUAGUAAGAGUGACCUUGGCCUUCACGUUUCUGAUCUGCUUUUUUUUAUUCAAGUUAAUGAACUUGGUCCUCUAAAAUUUGGGUGGUUCUGAUUGAUCACCUGAAGUAGACAAUAUAUUCAUAACAAGAAGUGAAUGCCUCACUCUGUUGUGGGCUAAGUGGAAAUGUACUUUCAGACAUGUAAAUCUACUUGAUCAAAUUCAAUUGUCUGAUCUACAAAUUCUUUUGGAUAUGAACUAUGGGAUUCAGCAUCAAAGA